AUGCAUGGAGGUACUAUUUGCGUUGCAGUCUUUGUUAAAGCCAAAGUUUGGGAGUUUCACACUUGUUUUUUAUUUUCAAGGUUUUUCCCCAUGGACCCUUUAGGGGUUUUGUUGGAUGCUGGAGGGGAAGUAGCUUUUGUCCCCUAUGUUGGUAGAAAUCACAUAUCCCCUUGUAGGUUUCAGUGACUUGAACUCAAAAGGAGAUCAGUCAUUUUGUUUUCUCUUUAGUGUGGUGGAGACCGCGGGUAGAGCCAAUUUGUGAUACAUUGCCUUGGAGCACUUCCUUGGAUUCAGAUCAGUUACUGGAUUUCCGGUUGCCUUUCUGUUUCCGAUGGAACCAGCGCAUAAAUACCCCCUGCCAGUAUCUGCACAUAGACUAGGGUUGAGAUUAGAAGGGUGUAUUAGUUAGAAUGGGGCCAGGGAGGUUUACAUUUUUGUCUCGGUUGUCCUUCACAUUAUCAGUGUACACUGUGAACCAACACUAGUUGUGUAGGCAUUUGUCUCAGUAUAAAUUGGUAAUGUAGUUGUGUUUCAUGUAGACAAGUUUGAGUGCCCGUCUGAAGCACGUUUGGAGCAAUGCACUAAAGAACAGAUAGCACAGAUUGCUGAGCACUGCAAUAUUGCAUUGGAUCGUAAGCAAUUUAAAUAUAUUAUGAAGGCCAGUCUAAAAACCAAACUAGUUGAGGAAGGAAUCCUAAAUGUUCGAGAUCCAGCUUGCUACUCCAGUUGCGUCACCAGGUGUCGCUGGUUUAAGUUUUGAGCAACAGAGCUAAUGCUACAACUAGAAAAAUAGCAGAUUAAACAACUGGGUUGGCAAAAUUAUAGAUGGAACAGUAUAAGCUAGACCUAAUCAGAGGUUAAGCUUAGACAAGAGUUAUCAGUUUUGCCAGUAACAAACUAUCCAACUUAGGACAUUGUAAGAAAUGUGCUUAAUGAAAAGGACCCAGAAACAUGUUUCUCUUUGUUUGAGGUUGACGUCCCUGUCUUCUGGGUUCGCCUGUUUGGUAGUCUGCUUGUUGCAGGAGGCCAGUGGGCAGACCUGGGAUGAUCGUCAACUGAUGUGGCUUGGCCUACAGGCUAUAAAGGGUGGCCAGAUCAGCAAAGACUCUCUUCCCUGACUGGCAGGCUGGCUUCCACCACCUUUUGGGUUUUUGGUUUGUUUUCACCAAACAACACCCUCUACUCAUCCACACACUGCAUACACUACUGAUCCUACAGACGUACAUAGCUUGUUAUAUUUUUGUAUUUAGUUGAAAUGUAUUCCUUUAUACAUUUAGGUCAUACCUUUGUUACAAACUAUGAGCCAGGUUGUAACAUAUGGUAAAGUGCUGCAAAUACCUAGUUAAGCUGCAGCUGGCCCAGAACAGAGCUGCACGUCUUGCUCUUCAUUGUAAUCAGAGGGUUAAUAUUAAUACCAUGUAUGCCAGUCUCUCUUGGCUAAGAGUUGAGGAAAGACUGACUGCAUGACUAGUUUUUAUAAGAAACAUGAAUGUGUUGGAAAUUCCAAAUUGUUUGCAUAGUCAACUUACACACAGCACUGACACACACUUACCCUCCCAGACAUGCCACCAGGGGUCUUUUAACACUACACAGGUCCAGAACAAAUUCAAGGAAACGUGCAGUUUUAUACAGCGCCAUGAGUGCAUGGAACUCCCUUCCAUCUCAUAUAGCUCAAGUGAACAGCAAACCUGAUAAAAAAAAUAAAUAAAUAAAUAAAGCAACAUCUCACGGCACAAUGCCUUUCCCCCAUGUGACCUACUUGUUGUGGGUAUGUACAGAUAUGUUUAACUGAUAGAUGCACACACUGACACUACAUGUAAAGUAUUUCGUCUUUGUCGGACCCCAGUUAGACUAGCUGUCGCCAUUGGUGUCGACCAAUGGAGAGCCUAAUAAAUCACAAUGGUUCUCAUUUCAACAUUUUAUGCAAACGUUAAUUUGCUUACAGUUAUUUAUUUUAAAAUUGAAUCAAAAGUUGGAAUGCAUGCACUAACUUGAGUCAGUCAUUGGUUUGGAAAUUAUAGAUUCAAUGGUUAAUUAAACCCUUUAAAGCCUGAUGUUACAGAUAUGUUGUAGCUCAGUUGGUAGAGCAUGGCAUUUGCAACGCCAGGGUUGUGGGUUCGCUUCCCACGGAGGGCCAGUAUGAAAAAAAAAAUAUAUAUAUAUUUAUAUGCACUCACUAACUGUAAGUCGCUCUGGAUAGAGUGUCUGCCAGGUACCACUUUGAGGAUGUAGCAGGGAGCAACAAGGCGUCGGCUCCAGGGACAUCAGAGGUCAGGGCUGUGGUGGCCCUUCCCAAGUCAGACCUUUCCCUGGAGGAGUGCAGCUCUGCCUUUCUACUCACUGGAACACAGUGUGUGGCCAAGUUCAAUGAGGAAGCCAAAAAUACAGUGACCAUUUACCUUGGCCUGUUCCGACUACCACAGUUCUCUACGGAUGUUCUAGUGACCUUCAACGACCCCCUCAGCAUAAGCCCUGGCAGCAGCAGUGCAGUGGGGAUAGGAGAGCAGCAGGAGGACACAGAGCCGUGGACGCUGCAGGACUUCCAGCAUUUACUGCAGUCUCUCAGACUACACGACCCAGGCGUGUUUGGGUAG